AUGGCAGCUCUGAGUAUGAUUCCCUCGCACCUGUUCCUGCUGAUGUUAAACUGUUUCCUGGGUGCUGCAUCAGCUAGGAGCAUCAAAGGGGGGUCCGAGAAUGCACGGGACAGCAUCGUCCAGCCCUCAUCGGACCCUUUCUCAGAUGACCUGGACCAGGACAUGAUCUCCCAGCACAUGUCAAGACUGUACGAGAAAUACAACAGGGAAAACCGCCUCAGGGAGGGGAACACUGUGAGGAGUUUCAGAACCAGCCAAGACUCCUCUGAGCACAGGAUGGUGUACCAACUGAACCUUACAACCCUCCAGGACUCAGAGGUCAUCCUCUCUGCCACAUUCCACUUCCUGCUCGAUCGGCACCCUCAUCAAAAACCCUGGUUCUGUAAACGCUUCAAAAGCCCAUCCUGCCGUUCCUCAGCCGUCCACCCCUCUACGUCCAUCAGCUUGCUCCUUCGCUCUGUCUCCUCUGGGUCAGAGGUCAGACCUGGGUCAAUGGGGUCACUUCUGGGCAAUGUGACCUUUCACCCCUACAGGAGAGGGGUGUGGCAGAUGAAAGACGUGACCCAGGUCAUAAAGGAUGCCAGGGACAGGGGUCAUCUCCAGGUGUCAGUGGAGUUGGUCUACCAGAGGAAACCACAGGGGGCGCUGCCUGGUGGGAGCCUGCCCUGGAUGUUACUGUAUGCUGAUGACCAAGCUUUGGCGGAGCCCAACAGCGUGGCUGCAAGCCUUCAGAGAUAUGACCCGUUCAACGACAGAGGAGAGCCCUCACAUUCCUCUCACGGACCUAACUCCUCAACGGAGUCAAAAGGACGAGAGAGAAGGGAAGCCAUCCAGAACAAUGAGCUGCCCGAGGUUGACUACAAGCCUGAUGUUUACAGGAAGGAUGACCUCUGGGAGAGCACUUGGUACCUGGCACUCAAACCUAAAUCAGGAAAGAACGAAAAGAAGAGAAAGAGCCAGGAAGAAGAAGAAGUGGAUCAAGGUAGAGGAGCGCAUGAUAAAGAAGAGACUUUGGUUCCCAAAGAAGUAGACAGAAAAUCACAGGGGCUCAGAGACGAUGAUUCAACAGAGAAAAAAAUCAAAGACAGUCGCAUGCCGACUAACAGUGACACACGAAAGCAUGAGCGGAGAAACGAGGGAAAGGAUGGAAAAAGGCACAAGGGAAGCGCUAACUCUCAGUCAGAUGUUCUGAGUUUUGAUGAACAAACGAUGCGUAAGGCCAGAAGGAGGCAGUGGGGCGACUCCCAGCACAGAGGCUGCUCCAGGAGGAACCUCAGAGUGGAUUUUGCUGACAUUGGCUGGAGCGAGUGGGUUAUAGCACCGAAGGCCUUUGAUGCCUACUACUGUGCCGGCACAUGUGGCUUCCCCAUGUCCAAGGUGGCGAGGCCGUCUAACCACGCUACCAUCCAGAGCAUAGUCCGAGCCGUUGGGAUCAUCCCCGGGGUUCCUGAGCCCUGCUGCGUCCCAGAAAAGAUGAGUCCUCUGGCUGUGCUCUACCAGGAUGAAUCCAGGAACCCAGUGCUUAAGGUUUACCCCAAUAUGUCCGUCCAGUCCUGCUCCUGCAGAUAGUAAGGGGUGGCCAAUGGGGGCGGAGGACAAAACAGGGUGGAUGUGGAGAGGAACAGACAACAGGACUAAGGGAGACAGAACCAUACUUCUGUUUGUUAAGUGGUUUCUUGAUACUGAGAAACACAGUGACUUUGGCUGCCGUUAUUCCUGGAGGAACAUGGGCUGUAGAGAAAUCACUUCCAUCUCUUCUGUCCUGCCGCAGCAGACUUGAAGAGGCACAUUGUCUGGCGUCUGGCUUAGCAGGAGGAAUAGAGUCACACAUGUAAAGUCAGGGCUCAACAUUUUGAAGAAACUCAGUUGUUUUUGGUCUGAGUUUGAGAUAAUAUUGAGGAUUUCAUGGACGAGAGCAUUUUUCCUUUUAUCUCAGAAUUGACUUGCUUUUCAAACAGCUCACAGGGACUUUGUGUUCAUGUUUUCUUUGGACACGAAGGCUAUAAAUAAAAGACUUUAUCAAUGUGUCAUCGGGCAGCUUACUCAGUCUCACACAGAUGACAGAGAUUAUGAAACAUAUUUUUAAAAUUUUUGCAUACUGUGUACAUCUGUUCUUGCUUUUGAACAAAUAAUACUACACAUUGUACAUACAUGCAAUGCUCAUUUGUUUGCAAGAAUGGAAGGUCAUUGUUCAUUCUUGCUCUGUGUAUCUUAAAAAGGAAAUCUCCAAUGGAUCGUAGAGAGCAUCUGGAAUUCAUUAUCACCCACCAACCCCCUCAUAACACUUCAAGAAUGUUAUAAUGAAACCAGAAAUAUUUUUAUAUUUUGAAUGUGAAGCUUGG